CUCUCUCCGUGACGUCAGACAGCUGCUCGGUAAGUCAGCCCGUCACUUCUUGACGGAGGACAGAACCAAGUCGGAGCGCGAGACACCGGCCGGAAAACCACAAGAAAAGCCGUCACACCGGCUCCUGGCGUCCCGCUUACGGGGCCUGGCAGUCAAGCGGGACUCUGUGGGACUCUGUGGGACUCUGUGGGACUCCGUUUCCACAUUCCGAGGUUUCUUUCGGCCCGUUAAGUCGGGGCGAGGAGCGCCGUUGGCCAUGGAGACGUUAGGAGGAACUUGGCUGUUUGUUCUGCUCACUUUCCUUCUUUCCCCCGCCGUCCGGACCGACGCGUCCCCAGGUGGUUGCAUAUCUGAACAGUCGUACUCAGACUGUGGAUUCGUUCAGGCUAAAGGUGACGACUUUGACUGGGAACAAGCUGACACCAGAGACAGACCAGCAGCAAGCCCCUGGAUGCCUUCAGGCUCAGCGUUCCUCUAUGUCAACACCACGGGUCGGUUCGCUGGUCAGAGAGCUCAGCUGCUGAUGCCUCCGCUGAAGGAGAAUGACACUCACUGUGUCACCUUCCUGUUUUACCUGGCGGGGGGGCGGGAAGGCGCCCCGCCUGCCCAGCUCAACGUCUAUGUCAAAGAGAACAGCAGCCCUUUGGGUGUUCCGGUGUUCAACUCCUCAGGCCCCGCCUACCACAGGUGGAGAGGGGUGGAGCUAGCUGUGUCCACUUUCUGGCCUAACUACUACCAGUUGGUGUUUGAGGCAGUCAGCACUGGUCAGAGAGGUCUGCUGGCCGUCAAGGACAUCACACUGCAGGGCCACCAGUGUAUGAGUACUCCUCAUUUCCUUCAUAUCAAAGGAGUUGAAGUAAACGCCAGACAGACGGCAACGUUCCACUGCACCGUCAACGGGCGACCGCAGAACAACAUAAACCUCUGGCUGCAGGGUAUUGGUGGUCGUCAGGCGGUUGUCAGGGAAAACAAACCGGUGAACUCUCGUCGGUACGUUGCAACCUUUGACGUGGAAAACACCACCCAUCAAGACUCGGGUCGGUACCGCUGCAUCGCCCAAUCAGAGCGAGGAGUGGGCGUGUCUACUUACGCUGAUCUCACUGUCAAACAGCCUCCUGUACCCAUCGCCCCCCCGCAGCUGACAGCAGUUGGCGCCACCUACCUGUGGAUCCAGCUCAAUGCAAACUCAAUCAACGGGGAUGGACCCAUCAUCGAGAGAGAGGUGGAGUAUCGAACAAUGUCAGGCAUGUUGAUAGAUACCACCCCUGUGGAUAAGAGCACACAUAAGAUUGGCCAUCUUGAUCCAGACACAGAAUAUGAGAUCAGCGUCCUGCUCACCAGACCGCUGGAAGGGGGCACAGGAAACCCCGGACCUCCCCUCCGAGCCAGAACCAAAUGUGCUGACCCCAUGCAGGGCCCACAGCGGCUGGAGGUGGUGGACAUCCAGUCCAAACAGAUCACCAUGCGCUGGGAACCAUUUGGAUACAACGUCACCCGCUGUCACAGCUACAAUCUCACCCUUCAGUACAGUUACCGACCUGUGGGGGGCGCAGCAAGGGGGGAGCCAUCAAAGGAGGAGACGCGGGAGGAGGUGUGUUACGAUAUGAUGGGUGUAUCACCGCAGCACAUCAUCCGUAACCUUCCACCUUACACCAAUGUCAGUGUGAAGCUAAUCCUCCGAAACCCGGAGGGGGAAAGAGAGAGCAACCAACUGCUGGUGCUAACAGAUGAGGACGUUCCUGGGGCUGUACCAGUGGAUUCUGUCCAGGGCAGUAGUUAUGAACAGAGCAUCGCUUUAAGCUGGAGAGAACCUUUAAACACCUAUGGCAUCAUCAGACAAUAUGAGAUCUCCUAUAAGGCUUUGAGUUCCUUCGACACAGAGUUUGAUUUGUCCAAUCAGAGUGGGAAGGUUGUGAAACCGGCCAAUGAGACGAGCCAUGUAUUCACAGGGCUGUACCCAGGCUCCACCUACUCCUUCACAAUAAAAGCCUACACCGUCAAAGGCUUCGGCCCACCAGUUAUAACCCAGUUCACUACCAAAAUAUCAGCCCCUCUCAUGCCAGCCUAUGAACAGGAGAAUCCUCUGAAUCAGACCGACUCCACAGUCACCGUCCUACUGAAGCCUGCUCAGAGCAGAGGAGCUCCAGUCAGUAAGUACCAGGUGGUGGUGGAAGAGGAGCGCCCUCGCAGGCAGAUGCGUGGCGCUGUAGAGAUUCUGCGUUGUUAUCCGGUUCCGAUCCACUUCCAGAACGCCAGCCUCUUUAAUGCGCCAUACUACUUCAGCGCCGAGCUGCCCACCUCCGAACUCCGCCACCCUCUGCCUUUCUGCAUCGGUGACAACCGAACAUACAAUGGUUACUGGAACGCCCCACUGCUCCCGCAGAAGAGUUACAGUAUCUACUACCAGGCAGUCAGCACGGCCAACGGGGAGACAAAGAUAGACUGUGUUAUGGUGGCCACUAAAGCUGCUAUAAUCACCACUCAGCUCACCACGCCUUACAUCCGAAUCCCCCCACCGCCCGGCGACAAGCAGCUUGCAGGAGCAGCAACCCGCCGGCCAGAGCCGGAGCCGGAGAAACAGUCAGACCACACGGUGAAGAUUGCUGGAGUCAUCGCAGGAAUCCUGCUCUUCAUCAUCAUCUUCCUUGGAGUGGUGCUGCUCAUGAAGAAACGUAAGCUGGCUAAGAAGAGGAAGGAGACGCUGAGUUCCACCAGGCAGGAGAUGACAGUCAUGGUGAACUCGAUGGACAAGAGUUACACCGAACAUGGGACCAACUGUCAGCAAGAGGCCAUCUCCUUCAUGGACACACACACACACACGCUGAACGGACACACUGUCUCCUCUCCAUCCUCCUUCACCCUGAAGACUAACACCAUCAGUACCACUGUCCCAAAUUCUUACUAUCCAGAUGACAGCCACACUAUGACCAGCGACACCAGUAGUCUUGUGCAGUCCCACACUCACUCCUAUAAGAAGCGGGAGGCGGAGCGGGAGGCGGUGCCGUAUCAGACGGGUCAGCUCCACCCGGCCAUCCGUGUUGCUGACCUGCUGCAGCACAUCACCCAGAUGAAAUGUGCCGAGGGCUACGGCUUUAAGGAGGAGUAUGAGAGUUUCUUUGAAGGACAGUCUGCUCCAUGGGAUUCAGCCAAAAAGGACGAGAACCGCAUGAAAAAUCGUUAUGGCAACAUCAUCGCCUAUGACCAUUCUCGUGUGCGUCUGCAGCCUCAGGAGGGAGAAAGCAGCUCAGAUUAUAUCAACGCUAACUAUGUGGAUGGAUACCACAGACCCAAUCAUUACAUUGCUACCCAAGGACCCAUGCAGGAAACGGUGUAUGACUUUUGGAGGAUGGUUUGGCAGGAAAACACAGCAGCCAUUGUCAUGGUUACCAACUUGGUGGAAGUGGGCAGAGUGAAGUGUUGUAAGUACUGGCCUGAUGACACAGAGAUCUACCGGGACAUGAAGGUGACUCUGAUAGAAACCCAACUGCUAUCAGAGUACGUUAUCAGAACCUUCGCUGUGGAAAAGAGGGGGGUUCAUGAGAUCAGGGAGAUCCGUCAGUUUCAUUUCACCGGCUGGCCAGAUCACGGUGUCCCGUAUCACGCCACUGGCCUGCUGGGCUUCAUACGCCGUGUCAAAGCCAAGAGCCCCCCCAACGCCGGUCCAAUGGUAGUCCACUGCAGUGCGGGGGCGGGACGCACUGGUUGUUUCAUUGUGAUUGACAUCAUGCUGGACAUGGCAGAAAGAGAGGGCGUGGUCGACAUUUAUAACUGUGUGAGGGAACUCCGCGCACGAAGAGUUAAUAUGGUCCAGACUGAGGAGCAGUAUGUCUUCAUCCAUGAUGCCAUCUUGGAGGCGUGUCUAUGUGGUGACACCACCAUUCCAGCCAAUCAGCUUCGAUCGGUCUACUACGAGAUGAACCGAUUGGACCCUCAGACCAACUCCAGUCAGAUCAAAGAGGAGUUCAGGACUUUAAACAUGGUGACUCCGACGCUGCGGGUGGAGGACUGCAGUAUCGCUCUGCUACCCAGAAACCAUGAGAAGAACCGUUGUAUGGACGUUCUUCCUCCAGACAGAUGUCUGCCCUUCCUCAUCACCAUCGAUGGAGAGAGCUCCAACUACAUCAACGCAGCGCUGAUGGAUAGCUACAAGCAGCCGUCUGCGUUUAUCGUUACCCAGCAUCCUUUGCCAAACACAGUGAAGGACUUCUGGCGUCUGGUACUGGAUUAUCACUGUACCUCCAUAGUUAUGCUGAACGACGUAGACCCUGCCCAGCUGUGUCCACAGUAUUGGCCAGAGAAUGGUCUCCAUGGUCACGGCCCCCUGCAGGUUGAGUUUGUCUCUGCAGAUCUGGAGGAAGACAUCAUCAGUCGCAUCUUCAGGAUCUACAACGCAGCAAGGCCUCAGGAUGGGUACCGCAUGGUGCAGCAGUUCCAGUUCCUGGGCUGGCCGAUGUACCGUGACACACCCGUCUCCAAACGCUCCUUCCUCAAACUCAUUCACCACGUUGAGAAAUGGCAGGAGGAGUAUGAUGGAGGAGAGGGGCGCACCGUGGUCCACUGUCUUAAUGGAGGUGGGCGUAGCGGGGCCUUCUGUGCCAUCAGCAUCGUGUGUGAGAUGUUGAGGCAGCAGCGAGCCGUCGACGUUUUCCACGCCGUCAAAACUCUGAGGAAUAACAAACCCAACAUGGUCGACCUACUGGAGCAGUAUAAGUUCUGUUAUGAAGUGGCCCAAGAAUAUCUGAACUCCACCUAACCUGGUCCACUUCAGCUGGUCCAGACCCGGACCUCCUCCAUCCUCCUCUUCCCGCCUCCUGAUGGAGGUUGUGAGCGGCAGAGAGGAAGAGAAGAUGAGGGACGCCUCGUUUGACUGAACAAUGACUGCUUACACACGCACACACACACAUGCAUGUGCAAAGAAAACACCUUCACACACACACACACACACACACACACACACACACAAGAAACCUUCUCUCACACACACCCCCUCUCCCAGGUUGUCCGGUGGGACAGUACUGACCUUUGACCUCCUUGCUGUUAUGAAUACUAUAGUCGCCGGCUCACUGCGUUGCGUGUCGUUUUCUGGAGACGUCCUCGGUGUGACGGCUCGGCUACACGGCCCGCCGACCAGCGAUAACACCCCACAACCAGACGACUCUCCAGAGAGACAGCAGGCCUGUUGUCAUGGAGAUCCGGCUGUUGCGACGUUGUCAUCACGGUGUGAAGAAUUCCCUCGACAGCUUCCAGGCCGACAGGAAAACUGUUGAGUCUCAUCCCAGUUCCUGAAACGGCUGAGCCACAUCUCUGACAGGAAGUGAUGUCAAGAGGUGGAUUUUCCCGAGGCAGAAACGUCCAGCUGGACUCUUUUAAAGGGGGCUUUGAGGUUUUGCAGUGAACCCCUCUUUAAAGGCAGACCUGAGAUUUGCUUUCUGCUCAGAAUCCUACAACGUUCCCAGGACUUCCAGAAUGUUCUCCUCGUCCUCCUGAGCGACUCCUUUAACAAACCCUCCUGCACUCCCGUCCAGAUCACAGCGCGCCGGUGCUUCACCUGCACAUAAGCUCUUUCAGAAGUAGAUGGUUUUCCUUUGUCAGAUUUUUCAGUUGUAAGUGGAUUGUGUGGACGGGCCGGCGCUGGUGGCUUCAGACGUGUGCAUGAGACAGCGUGUGAAUACUGUACAUAAAGGAGGCGCUAUUUAUGAUCUGAUGUUGUUGAUGUCGUUGUUGUUGUUCAUAUCGGUGGUGAUGUUGUCGUUGUGACACAAACACAGAGACAAUCAUACCAGAACCAGAACCACACCAGACCAGAACCGAACCACACCAGACCAGAACUACACCAGAACCAAACCAGACCAGAAUCAGACCAGAACCAGAGAAGAUUCUUCACAACACUUUCCAAACUUUUUGGAGAUGUUUUCCUUUAGUUCAUGUUCCUUCGUAUUUCCUGUUCUGCUGUCAGUCAGAGAACCAGUUGACGGGUUUGGGUCGGAUGUCUGGUUGACUGCAUAACGAUGCUAGCUGCUGUCUCCCCCCGUAUGUUCUGCUCACAACGCCUGAUGCAACAGUUAGCAUACAAACACUGUCCACAGGAUGAACUUAUAGCAUGAGCUCAAACACAACUGAUUAUUAAUUCAUCACUGUCAUGAACUUAUUGAUUGUGGAACAAAUUUAAAAGUCUCUGGUUUUACCUGAAGAGGAAGGUUUCAACUGAAGAAGAAGGUUUUACCUGAAGAGGAAGGUUUCAACUGAAGAAGAAGGUUUUACCUGAAGAGGAAGGUUUCAACUGAAGAGGAAGGUUUCAACUGAAGAGGAAGGUUUUACCUGAAGAGGAAGGUUUCAACUGAAGAGGAAGGUUUUACCUGAAGAGGAAGGUUUUACCUGAAGAGGAAGGUUUUACCUGAAGAGGAAGGUUUCAACUGAAGAGGAAGGUUUUACCUGAAGAGGAAGUUUUCAACUGAAGAGGAAGGUUUCAACUGAAGAGGAAGGUUUUACCUGAAGAGGAAGGUUUCAACUGAAGAGGAAGGUUUUACCUGAAGAGGAAGGUUUUACCUGAAGAGGAAGGUUUCAACUGAAGAGGAAGGUUUCAACUGAAGAGGAAGGUUUUACCUGAAGAGGAAGGUUUCAACUGAAGAGGAAGGUUUUACCUGAAGAGGAAGGUUUUACCUGAAGAGGAAGGUUUUACCUGAAGAGGAAGGUUUCAACUGAAGAGGGUUGGAGUUUGCCAAACACUGAAGUUUAAAGAGAGGUUAAACUGUUUUUUAUGCUGCCUGUCUUCCACACUGCCGGUUGACAUGCAGUCAGUCAUGUGAUGCAGCUGGUGGUUCAUGUAAUGCAUGUGUGUCAUUAAUGUGUCUCGUCAGUUGUCUGACUUUACAAGACUUGUCGUAUUUAAUUAUGCAGCAGAAGUUACGCUGUGUGUGACUCCACGUCCAACGUCGUGGUUGAGCUUUUCAGAAAAUGUCUCCAUGUCUGUUUUUAAACCCGUCCAAAACUGUAGGACCUGAUCGCCUUCAUUUAACUGAACAUGAAUGUUGUUUCAGAUAUGUGUCUGUGUCCUGACGCUCCGUUUUGUCUGUCAGUCGUUUCAGACGCCAUCACACAACUGAUUCUAUGAAAACCACACAAAGGUGAGUCAGUUCAUCUGGACACAAGGUUUAUUGACGGAAACAUUCCAUCAUUCAUCUUCAGUCUCAGCUGACUGCAGGUAUCCCCACCCUUCAGCCUCCUGCCUCCUGCAGACUGACAGCAGGUAUCCCCACCCUUCAGCCUCUUGCAGACUGACUGCAGGUAUCCCCACCCUUCAGCCUCCUGCAGACUGACUGCAGGUAUCCCCACCCUUCAGCCUCCUGCAGACUGACUGCAGGUAUCCCCACCCUUCAGCCUCCUGCAGACUGACUGCAGGUAUCCCCACCCUUCAGCCUCCUGCAGACUGACUGCAGGUAUCCCCACCCUUCAGCCUCCUGCAGACUGACUGCAGGU